UUAAAAUAAAUAAAUAAUCGAAUUUGGGAAUGACCCAACAUUUUAUGCCUUUAACCUGUAUAUCCAGUGGAGUGGAGUGAAAUCACCGGCACGCCCGGUGGCAGGGUGGUCAUAUAAAAUGCUGGGGGUUUAAGCAAAGGAUGGAUAGUGCUCAGAGGGUUUUGGGAAUUCGAAGUAACAAACUGUUUUCUGUUUUAAUCUUUUUUUUUACCUGAGAAAAAACAAACCAAAUUUUCGUGGGAAAUGAGAGAAAUCGUGUCUAUAAUGGAAAACUAGUGUGUUUGAUGUGUUGCUUCAGUAUUCUCCAACAAUUUGCCGAUCUUACAUUUGCCUAAAUUGCCAGAGUUUCGAUUUUUGUGGUUAAAAUUGUAACUUGUGAAGACAGAGGUAAGCAAAUUUCGUUUGUUUCACCAACUUAUGCAGAGCUUGUAAUCCUUUGGACAAGACAAAGUUGUUGGAGCUUGUGUUGUGUGGUUAAGUUCCCACUUCGGAAAUUUCGUACAAUUCUCUGAGUGGUUUUGUGUUUCCUUAGUUCGGUCUUCGAUUUUUUGGAGGGAUUUGGAUUUUGUCGGAUAAUUUUUUGAACCUGCGGAUGCUUUAGUUUUUGGUAAUUAUCUGAGAUCGGUCUUCGUCUGUUGUUUUAGAUCUCUUCUAUGAUCUUCGUUUGAAUUUUUAUUUACUUCUCAUGAACUUGUUUGAAAUCUCGCUUAUUUUCUCUUAUUUUAGUUUAUGUGCUUUAUGGGGGUUGUUUUUGUGUACUAUAUCUUUAUCUGAGCCGAAUUGUUAAGUUUCCUAUAUUCCUCUGUGUCUUCAUCUGAGUCUACUUUGGUUGUGUUAUCCUCGGUGCAUUACAUUGCACGUGAUUUUCCCAUUUGGAGGAGUGGUUAGAAAUAUUUGUUUUUUCAAUAGCCUUUAUCUUCAACAUGCCUGGAUCUAAGGGAAGUCACCCGAUUGGCUUCUUCCUCUGAAUUGAGACGCUUAAGUAUACACUACAGUUGUAGUAAAUUUUAGCAGUGAAGAUUGCCUUUCAAGUAAUGGUGUUUAGCUGAAUCUGGUUCUUUGCUUUUGCUAGUACAAAAAAACAGUUGUUUUCUUUAUAAAUAUCAAUUUCUUCUUAACUUAAUUUGAAAACAUGCGCUUGAUUUUAUUCUUUGAUUCGGUGGUGUAAAAAAAAAAAUACUUGUAUUAGUUUUUAAUGGUACACUCUAAGCCUUACGGUUGUGUACGGUCAGGCUUACAAAUUGAGACUUGUGAGGUCAAGCAACCAGAGUGCACAUUUAUUUGACAAUGGGUCUUGGAUUGCUGGUUUUUUGUGCUUGAUCUAUCUAUUUUGUCAUGGUUCCUGAGAUAUGGUCUUGCAGAAGAGAUUAGACUACGGAUUUAAUGGCUGUCAGGUUCCGGCCAUGCCCCGUGCUUCCCGAUCAACUAGGAGGAGGCGUAAAUUUCAAAGGAGAGCAGAAGACAAUCAAAUGCGUGCAUUUGACUUAUUGGCCACCAUAGCUGAUAAACUAUUGCAAGAGAAAGAAAAUCCAACCAUGUCUAGUGAUACAUCAUCUGAAAAGGAUCAACGUGGAUUUGUCAAAGAAUGCCAAGAUGCAAAUAAACCAUCCAAAUCUGAGCUUUCUGAUGAAGGAAAUUGUAACAAAAAAUGUUGCUCUCAUCUUUCUUCACAAACAAACAAUCAAAAUUGCUGUUUGAAAGAAUUCCAACAUGCUGAACUUGACGGUCAUCCAGGGAUUACUUCUAUAGUAACAAGUUCUAGUUGCUUAGAGAGGUUCUUUGCAGACAAAUUGGUGGAUGGCAAAAGCCAUAUCAAAAUGGAAAAUUUUACUAGCAAAGUUAAAUUAGAUUUUUCUGGUUAUCCAAAGGAUAGUCACUUCAAGGUAGAUGGUGACACUAGUAAAGGAAAGGAUGGGCUGCAUAAGACUGAGAAGGUGCCAAAUGGCAUUGGCAGUGCUGAGGAUCCGUUAGAUGAAAAUCCUCCCGCAUUUAUCAGUUUAGGUGGCAAUCCCAAAUUUUCAGGGUAUAGUGAUAGGAUUCCCUGUAGCUCGUUGUCUAAAGCUUGUGACAAUGUACUAGUAGUUAGUAGAGAUGAUGAUGAAAACUCUUCUGGGUGUACUCACCCUAGUAGUACUAAAACCAAGUCCCUUAGGGUGAAGACUUGUAUAGGUGAUAAUAGAAUAAGUAAAACCCUGGCUUCUAAAUUUCGGAAAGUUGCUGAAAAAUCUAAAGAUGAUACACUUUCUAACUGUGAUGGAGAUUUGAAGCGAACUUACCACAGUAAGAAGAACUGCAAUAAGCGCCAAAAUUCUCAGAUGAAUAUUCCUUUCAAAAAGAGGAAGCUUUUUAAUGGUAGCUAUAUUUCAAGUUCUAAUGGAUUUAUCGGGAGUCGUGGCAUUUAUUAUUCACCUGAGAAUUGUAUGAAUCAAGAUGCAUGUGGUUCACUUCCCGGAACGCACAAGGACCCUGGAAUAUCAUCCUUGGAAGAAUGUCAACAUCAGACGAUACGAUGUAGAGGUUCUCAUGUGAAGCUUAGGAUCAAGUCAUUUAGAGUGCCAGAGCUCUUUUUUGAGGUUCCGGAAACUUCUACAAUUGGGUCCUUGAAGAGGACAGUGAUGGAUGCAGUGACUGCUGUACUUGGGGGUGAAUUACACAUUGGUGUUAUUCUCCAGGGAAAGAAAGUUUGGGAUGACAGUAAAACCCUACUUCAAACCGGAAUUUCUCAUGAUAAUCAGCUAGAUGCUUUGGGUUUCACCCUGGAGCCUAAUUCCUUGCAAAGUCUACCUAUUGUGUGUGCUGCACAUUCUCUCCAUCCUAGCGCUGACAUAACACAGCCAGUAACAAGGUAUCCUUCGAGCCCAGCUGUUAUUCAUCAGAGGAUUCAAGGCAAUUCUGACAUAUUACCUGAGCAUCAAGUUACCAGUUUAGGUAGCAUUUUGGAAAGUGACCAUGAUUCAGCACCUUCUCCUAUUAACGCAUCUGUGGAUGAAGGUACGACAGAUAUCAAAGAACUGGUAACUGUUCCUGAAAUAGAUAAGGAGGAACUAGCUAUGGUACCUGUACUUCAGAAGCCAAAGCGAUCUGAGGUCAUACAACGCCGAAUACGCAGGCCUUUUUCUGUAGAAGAAGUAGAAGCACUGGUUCAAGCAGUUGAAAAAAUGGGAACUGGAAGGUGGCGUGAUGUUAAACUUUGUGCUUUUGAUAAUGCAAAGCAUCGGACGUAUGUGGAUUUGAAGGAUAAAUGGAAAACACUGGUACACACGGCAAGAAUAUCCCCUCAGCAAAGGAGGGGUGAGCCCGUUCCCCAAGAACUUUUGGACAGGGUUCUAGUUGCCCACGCUUAUUGGUCCCAGCAGCAGGCUAAGCAACAACCCAAGCAGCAUCCAGAAAGUGCCUUGUCUUUAAGGGUGUUGUCAGCAACAAGUGACCUUGUUGAUGGCAUGGGUGUUCUCGUUUCUGACUGUUAUUAGAAUGUCUUUUUUAUUUUUCUAUAAAUGUUUAUGAAAUGUCUGUUCAUCAAUCAUGUAGAAAGUGAUGACUAGGAGAAAAAAACGAAAAAUUAUGUUGUGCUGAUGACAAGGUUGUUUCCCUGCGUGGAGAGGUUGCUUCUUGUGAAAAUGGUUUGAUGCAAUAAAGUGUCGCUAACACAAUUCUUUUGACUGUAUAUUUAGUUGUGUAUAUAAUUGUUAUGUUUUUUACUGCUUAAUAGUUGAAAUCUACAUUUAUG